AGCUGCAACGUCUGUACUAAUCUUGAAUCUGUGUUCCAAUAUUUUUUAUCCUAAUUCCUAUCACUUAUAGCGCUGCCAUACAAAACCAGCCUAAGUCGAUAUGACAGAGCGUGACACGAAAAUGGUAAAGGGUCCUGUAACUCCCGAAAACGUGUGAUAAAAUUUUACAUUUAUAUGUGCCUAUCCUAUACCUCACUGUGUGUAGCAUAUUGAAAACCUACUGAUUUUCACGACCUCUAUAGUACGAUACCGCAAGCUCACUGCUCUCGUGUACAAAAUUGUAUAUACAUGCAUAUAUAUAUAUAUGUAUAUAUAUUUAAAAAGUGACAAUUGACUUUCUGACAUUGUUAAAAAAUAUUUAAUUGUAAGCUUUUUUUUACUUGGAUUACCACCGAAUACUCUAUUAUAAUACAAAACAAGUAAGAUUUGUUAUAUUAAAGUGGCUAAUUAUUUUGUUCGUCAAUAUACUUUGUAUUCAACAUAGAAAUUUGUUGGGGUUUCGUAAGCACGUGUUCAUAGUUAAAUGUUUUCUUAUAUAUGUGCAUAUUUUAAACAAUAAUGGGAAAAGGACGAAAACAUACGCCAAAAAAAAAUUUCGCCGAAAAACGCCGCGAAAAACAAAAGAAAAAAGAUAAAUGGGAUCGUACACCUCACCGUAGCUAUGCAGACAUUAUUAGAGAAAAUAAAGACUUCGAAAAUUAUUAUAAAACUCAGGGAAUCGUUCCUGAUGAUCAAUGGGAAUCAUUUAUGAAUACAAUGAAAACAAAUCUUCCAGUAGCAUUUAGGAUUACUGGAUCUAAAUUGGAAGCUAAACGAUUACUUGAGACUAUCAAAGGAGAUUUCUUUAAAGAAAUUCUUAAUGCAAGUCUAGAAAAUGACUCAGAAAAUAAUGAAGAAGCAAAGAAGAUAUUACAUUGUUUACCAUUUUAUCCAGAUGGCUUAGCAUGGCAAUUGCAGUUGACUAGAAAAGAUAUUAGGAGAUCAGAAGCUUAUUUUAGAUUACAUAAUUUUUUAGUUGUCGAAACAAAUUGUGGAAGUAUCAGUAGACAAGAGGUGGUUAGCAUGGUACCACCUUUGGUAUUAGAUGUAAAACCUUCACAUAAGAUUUUAGAUAUGUGUGCUGCUCCUGGAUCAAAGACAGCUCAACUCAUAGAAAUGAUACAUUCCGAAGAGGGAAAAGCACUUCCAGAGGGUUUUGUAAUAGCUAAUGAUUUGGACAAUAAUCGUUGUUACAUGCUUGUACACCAAGCAAAGAGACUGAAUAGUCCAGUUAUUUUAAUUACAAAUCACGAUGCAUCUGUAUUACCUAACUUAACUUUCACAAAAGCAGAUAAUACUCAAGAACUAUUAAGGUUUGAUAGAAUACUUGCCGAUGUACCAUGCAGUGGAGAUGGUACCAUGAGAAAAAAUCCAGAUAUUUGGUGUAAGUGGAGCCCAGCAAACGGUAACAAUCUUCAUGGAAUUCAAUAUAGGAUAGCUAGGAGAGGUUUGGAGUUACUGACAGUUGGAGGUAGAAUGGUAUAUUCUACAUGUUCAUUAAAUCCAAUAGAAAAUGAAGCUGUGCUUCACAGACUUCUACUAGAAACUGGAGAUUCUGUGCACAUAGUUGAUGGCAGAGAUUUGGUUCCUGGAUUAGUAUGUGAUACAGGUGUGUCGCAUUGGCUACCAGCAUCAAAAGAUUUACAGUACUAUAAAUCAUGGGAAGAUGUGCCAGAACAAUGGCAAACACAGGUUCGACCAAAAAUGUUUCCACCAAAACCAGAAGAUGCUGCCAAAUUUCAUCUCGAACGAUGUAUGAGGAUAUUACCACAUCAUCAAGACACUGGCGGUUUCUUCGUGGCCGUUUUAGAGAAAGUAAAACUUUUACCGUGGGAGUCGUGUAAAGGUAAUUCUGAUACUAAAGAAGCUAAUGAAGUAUCAAAUAUGGGGGAAGAGGCAGAAAAAGAUAAUGAUAAAAGCUCAGCCUCUGGAAAACGACCAUUAAAUGAUGAAAAUAAACUACGUGGCCCGAGAAGUAAACGUAGAAGGGUUAAGGGAUUUAGGGAGGAUCCAUUUCUUUUCUUUAAAGAUGACCAGGAAGACGUGUGGUUAUCGAUUAAAAAAUUCUAUGACAUAUCUGACGAAUUAGACCCUAAAUGUUUGUUGGUUCGAAAUGAAGGUAGUAAAAAAAAGAAUAUUUACUAUACAUCGCCGGAAAUUCGUAACGUCGUCCUGUCCAAUGAAGAUCAAAUAAAAUUAAUCAAUACGGGAGUGAAAUCAUUUGUACGUUGCGAUAACAGGAGUAUAAGCAAAAAUAUGAAUAUCCCAUUCAGACUUGCGUGGGAGGGCUUGCAAACUCUUAUUAAUUAUAUUGGUGAUGGUAGGAGGGUUUCAUUAAAUAAAGAUGAUUUGAUAACACUAUUACAAAAUAAUAAUCCUAUAGCACCACCUGAAAUCGCAAAACUUCAUCUGGACACACAAGAACGUUUAAAGAAUCUUGCGACUGGAAGUUGCGUUCUCAUUUAUGAAGAAAAAGAGUCUGAAAAUCCAAAUCCAUUGAAAUUAAAAAUCGUGGGAUGGAGAGGUACUAUGUCUCUGAGGGCUUAUGUUCCAUUGAUUGAUGCGAUACAUUAUUUACGUUUGCUAGGAGCUGAUUGUUCAAAAUUCGAGAAAAACAAAUUUAAGGAGAACCGGGAAUCUCUUGCAGUUGAAGAAGCGAGUAAUGAAGAAGAUACUGAUAAAUUAGAAAUUAUUAAUAAAUCGGAAGAAACAACAGAAUCAGAAACUAUUAAUAAGUCGGAGGAAGUAAACGAAUUAGAAACUACUAAUAAAUCGGAAGAAACGAGAAAAUUAGAUAGUACUAAUAAAUUGGAAGAAACAAAAGAAUUGGAAACUACUAAUAAAUCGAAAAUUGCUAACGAACCAAAUGCUGAUGAAAACGAAGUUACUGAAAAAAAGGACAAUUCAAAUGAAGCCGAUGAAGUAAAAAUACCGAACGAAUUGAAAGAAUGAUACGCAAUUUUGUAAUAUAAAUUGCUGUCUGUUUAAUAUCUUUAUAAAUAUUAAUAAUAUGUCUUAAGAGUAAAAAAUUUUUAUUUUAUUUAAAGUUGUAUAACGGUUCUCCACUCGUUGAAGUCGAAGAAGAGCGUCAAGACGUUUAAUGUCUAGUAUGGUAUAAUUUAACAUACUAUAUGACAACGAAAUAAAAUAUUUCUACAGGAUAAAAAAAUUACAAUGAUGUCAUGGGAAAUUUUGUGUUUACUAUCCAUUUUCUAUGAAAUAAUUUAUGAAAUUACAUAUAUUAUUCUGAGUA